UCUAUAAGGAAGAGAGAAUUUGUCUCGACUCUGCAAAGAGACGACGUGCUGGUUCUUGUUUGUGCCCGACUGGAUAAGUUGCUUCGUGUUUCCCGGAAGCUUCCAUCUCCAGUUCCUUUUGCACAUCACUUGCAAAGUGUCAGUUGUGGUUGUGGAAUGCCUUUGUGGGCCUCACGAACCUCGGAGCCACCUGCUACGUCAACACUUUUCUACAGAUGUGGUUUUUGAACCUGGAGCUCCGGCAGGCGCUUUACUUGUGUCCAGUCACUCGCCCACUGACUGUGACAGCAGAGGGGGAUCCAGCAAACAAAGAUUAUGAGCCUCAGACCAUUUGUGAACACCUCCAGUACUUGUUCGCUUUGCUGCAGAACAGUAGAAGGCGUUACAUCGAUCCGUCGGGGUUUGUUAAAGCACUGGGUUUGGACACAGGUCAGCAACAGGAUGCCCAGGAAUUCUCAAAGCUGUUCAUGUCUUUGCUAGAAGAUACUUUGUCCGCACAAAAAAACCCAGACGUGCGGAACAUAGUUCAGAAGCAGUUUUGCGGAGAGUAUGCCUAUGUCACCGUUUGCAAUCAGUGUGGCAGAGAAUCCAAACUUAUAUCCAAGUUUUAUGAGCUUGAGUUAAACAUCCAGGGACACAAGCAGUUGUCGGACUGCAUUACGGAAUUUUUGAAGGAAGAGAAGCUGGAAGGGGACAACCGCUAUUUCUGCGAGACCUGCCAGAGCAAGCAGAAUGCCACCCGCAGGAUCCGCCUCCUCAGUCUUCCCGGCACGCUCAACUUGCAGCUCAUGCGCUUCGUCUUCGACAGGCAAACAGGCCACAAGAAAAAACUUAACACCUACAUUGAGUUCUCAGAACUGCUGGACAUGGGCCCCUUCAUGGAAGACACAGCCGGGGCCUCUGAGUACGAGCUGAGUGCAAUUCUCAUCCACCGCGGCGUCAGUGCUUAUUCUGGCCACUACAUUGCUCACGUGAAGGACCCCCAGACGGGGGAGUGGUACAGAUUUAACGAUGAGGACAUUGAGAAGAUGGAGGGCAAGAAGCUGCAGCUGGGGGCGGAAGAAGAUUUAGAGCCUUCUAAAGCUCAGGCCCGGAAGCCCAAAUGUGGGAAGGGGGUGUACCGCUCCCGGAAUGCCUACAUGUUGGUGUACCGGCUGCAGACACGGGAGAAAUCGCUGACCGUUGAAAUCCCAGCUUUCUUGCAAGAGCUGGUUGAGCGGGAUAACAGCAAGUUUGAGGAGUGGUGCAGCGAAAUGGCCGAGAUGCGCAAGCAGAGCGUGGCCAGGGGCAAGGUCAAGCACGAGGAGGUGAAGGAGCUCUACCAGAGGUUACCCGCUAAAGCUGGGUGUCCUUACGACUUUGUCUCUCUUGAAUGGCUGCAGCAGUGGCUGGAUGAGUCCACCCCGCCCAAGCCUAUUGAUAACUCAGCCUGCUUGUGCUCACACGGCAAGCUGCACCCCGAUAAAAUCCCGAUGGUCAAGAGGGUCUCUGAGUACGUGGCCGACUCCUUUUACAAGCGCUACGGAGGAGGGCCCAGGCUGACGGUGAAAGCACUUUGCCGAGAGUGUGUGGUGGAGAGAUGCCGGGUGCUGCGCCUGAAGAACCAGCUCAACGAGGACUAUAAAGCAGUUGCCAGCUUGCUCAAAGGGCCCGUCAGAUGCGACGAGGGCUUCUGGGUCGGCAAAUCCUCCUUGCGGAGUUGGCGACAGAUGGCGCUGGAGCUGCUGGACGACCCGGAGGAGGACGCGGACCAGAGCAACGGCAACAUGAAUGGCGACACGAAGAGCAAAGAUGAAACCAGCUCUGAAAAGCAAGAGGAAGAGGACCUGAAGUUCAACGAGGACAUCGUCUGCCCCCAUGGCAACCUCUGUAUAUUGGAGAAUGAAAGGAGGGUCGUUUCCAAGGAUGCUUGGGAGAAGCUCCGCUGCUAUUUCCAGGGUGCCCCGGAGUUCCCCACCAGCCAGGACUCCUGCUCCCAGUGCAAGAUUCUGGAGCGGGAGGGUGAGGAGAACGAGGCCCUGCACAAAAUGAUGGCCAGCGAGCAGAAGGCGUCUCUCCCCAACCUCUUCCAGGAGAAGAGCAGGCCGUGCCUGAGUAGCUGGCCAGAGGAGGUGGAUGAGCUCUACGUUGUCUCAAAGUUCUUUGUGGAAGAGUGGAGGAAGUUUGUAAGGAGGCCCACGCGGUGCAGCCCCGUCUCGUCGGUGGGCAACCGGGAUCUCCUCUGUCCGCAUGGGGGCCUGAUGUUCACGUUUGCUUCCAUGACCAAAGAAGACUCUAAACUUAUAGCUCUGAUAUGGCCCAGCGAGUGGGGGAAGAUCCAAAAGCUCUUUGUGGUGGACCACGCCAUCAGAGUCGUCCGGCGGCGCCCUGCGGAGGCAGGCCCUGACCCUCCGCUCUACGUCACCGAGCCAGAGCUGUGCUUGGACUGCCGCGAAGGGCUGUUGUGCCAGCAGCAGAGAGACCUGCGGGAGUAUGCCCAGGCCACCAUCUACGUGCGCAAAGUGGUAGACAACACAAAGGUCAUGAAGGACUCCGCUCCGGAGCUCAACGUCAGCAGCUCCGAGGCAGAAGAGGAGCGGGAGGAGGCCAGGCUGGAAGGGGAGCAAGAUCCGGAUUUUAACCAGGCCAACAGCAACCCCAAACGGCAGAAAGUGUCGCACCCAAACUACGCUGCGUACCAAAAACAGGGGAUCCGACGAAGCACGCGGCACAGGAAGGUGCGCGGAGAGAAAGCUCUGCUGGUGUCUGCCAACCAAACACUGAAAGACCUGAAAAUCCAGAUCAUGCACGCCUUCUCGGUCGCCCCUUUCGACCAGAACUUGUCCAUCGAGGGGACGACGCUCACAGAGGACUCGGCGACUCUCGGCAGCCUUGGCGUCACCCCGGAGUCUGUUGUCUUACUCAAGGCGGACGAACCUGUGGUGGAUUAUGCAGCAAUAGAUGACGUUAUGCAAGUGUGUAUGCCUGAAGAAGGCUUUAAAGGAACUGGUCUCCUUGGGCACUAAAGGUCCAGCAAGAGGCGUUUUGGACACAGUUGGGCAUUCCAGGAAAGAGGGACCUCCGU